ACAUAACAUAAUAUUGUAGUAGGAUUCAUUCGCAAUAGAAAAUAGGCCCACCAAACAUCGAAUACAAUUGAAAACAAAUGUAAUGUCAUAGCUCAAAUCCAUCGUGAUAAAACCGAAAACAACCAUUUGUAAUUUUUUAUUUACCAUAAUAACUAACAUUUAUCCCAAAUAUUGGUACAAUAUAAAUUUUCGGGACCAGCUACGUGACGCACGUACGCGGAUCGAUUUAUCUCCCAAGAGUCUCCUACUCGGAAGUAGACAUAUCUGUCUAUUCCGUACCAUUUUCAUAUACAUUUAAUUUGGAAGACCCCCUCAUUUAUCCCAAAAAUAAAACACAACAUCAAAUCGAAGAUGGAGUAAUUUAAGACUCCAUUUACCUCUCUUUUUUUGUUUUUACCUCAGUUUAAUGGACCGGAUGAUUUCCAAGUCAAACUGUGAUUCCCACAGCUUUGCAGGGGAGGUAGCUGUAUACAGUGGGGAGGGAGGCGUAUCCAGGGGUCGCAAUGAGGAAGUUUGCCGAACCCUUGGAAAGCCAGAGGCUGUCUUUUCUUCUGGAAAAGGCCGCCUCUAGGGAAGCCAAGAUGUGGAAGGCGUACGUGCCUAAAAAGACGUAUAUCGGCGUUCAGGAUACAGACAUCUCCCCUGCCCAGCGUGAUGAGGCUGUGUGCUGGCUCAUUGACCUGCACAGUGACACCAAGCUCUAUCCAGAGACCCUCUCCCUAACCAUCAGUAUUUUAGACAGGUUUUUAGGUGCUAUAAAGGCCCGUCCAAAGUACCUCCGCUGCAUCGCCAUUGCCUGUUACUUCCUGGCUGCCAAAACCAGCGAGGAAGACGAGCGUGUGCCGUUGUUGCGUGACUUGGCCAGCAGCAGCAGGUGUGGCUGCUCCCCAUCAGAGAUACUGAGAAUGGAGAGGAUCAUUCUGGAUAAACUCAACUGGGACCUGCACGCUGCCACACCGCUGGAGUUUCUACACAUUUUCCAUGCCAUGGUGCUGUCUUGCAAGUCCCGGUUCAUGGUGGGUCUGGUGGGGUGUAACCCGGCACAGCACCUAUCCGUGUUGACCCAGCAGCUACACUACUGCCUGGCCGACAGCGCCCUGCUACAACCCCUCUCCCGGGGAUCCAUGCUGGCGCUGGCCCUCAUCUCCCUGGAGCUGGAGAAUAUCUGCCCUGACGGGCUGGCUCUCACUGUCCUCUUGCUCAGGAAAGCACAGAUCGAUAGUUCUCAACUCAUCCGCUGUCAAGCGCUGGUUUCACGUCGCCUGUCCACACAGGAGGUUUCCCUGCCUCCCAACACUGUCUACAUCUACCAGCCCCUGCACCACAUCCACAGUCUGGCCCCAGACCCCUGCGACGGGGAAGGAGAGUCCAGCACCAGGCUCCACUCCCCAGUCACAGACCCAGACCCCAGGGAUCGAAGCCUCUCCAGGGUCUCUACCACCACCACCCUGCUCCAGGUCCGCGGCCCGCCCAUGCCCCGCCACCAACCCCACAAAGUCCACCUGCGCUGCAAGCUCUCAUCCAAGCGCAAGGUGGAGGAAAUGGAGGUCGACGAAUUCUACGACGGGAUCAAGCGGCUCUACAGCGACGAGAGCGGGGGCCCUCCGGAGGGGCCUCUAGGAGGGUGCAGUGGCCUGCUAGUCAGGCAGGAGGGCAACAAUUCCCCCUUGCCCCCUCUCCAACCCGUCAGUGUCACAUAGAGAAGAGAAAGAAACCAAGGCCUUCUCGUCAUCUGAUCUGCAAGGAAGAGUCAUCCCAGUGUACCAGCAGGCAUUAACCCACCAUACCAGGCACGGAAGAGGGGAAAAAAAGCUGCUAUUUCAUAACUGUUUGUUAAAUAUAAAAUAAUUUAAAAAAACAAAAAAUAUUGAUAUAAAUCUCAUCUUUCUCCCAGUGAUUCUGUGUGUAAGAGAUUUUCCUUGACUAAUUUAAGGUCAUGCCAUUUUAUUUCUGUCGUUGAACCUCUUCUGUAAGUUACAUAUAUUUGUUAUCUUUCCUUCCUUUCCUCAGCAUGUUGCUUUAAUCCUUCACAAAACUUGUCACUUCAAAGUUUGAUUUGAAUGUAAAUGUGUUUAUAGUAGAUGACUGUGUUAACCUGCCAAAGUAGGAAAUAAGUGAUUUUGUGUGAAGUACUGAAUGAUUUGUUUAUAAUAUUUAAAAAAAAAAAAAUCGUAAUCUUAGUCCACAACCUUCAUGUAUUUGUCCCAUCACAGUGUAGUAGCGAAAGCAAAGAAGAUAACAGGAUUCUGUUACUGAUGAAAGAGCAUUCAUUUUACUCAGUGGAGCAAUACAGGUGUUUUGGUUUUUACCCAGUGUGUGUGUAUUGUUUUAAGAUAAACCGCUUUCGUUACAAGAGGGAUGAAGAUGAUUCCACCAUAAUACCUUGUCUUCAUUGUUCAGAAAUGACAUGUUUUGUAUUUAUUGCAACAACAACAACAGCAGUUGUCUUUUUUUGGGGUGGUGCGCAGGUCAACUGCCUAUGCUCUGCUGGUACACCUUGUGUCACCAAUAAAGAAAAACGUUUUAACAAUCUCA